CUCGCGGUUGUGUUGUUGUUGACUGCAGUGUAGUGGCUCUCCUGCUGAUGCGGAAGACUGUCAACAUGGCUCGAAAAUGCAUGUUUUUCGUCCAUUUCUUCAUGUGGCUGAGUGUAGUAGACUCAGCAUCUCAAAAACCAAAUAUUAUUAUUAUGAUGAUGGAUGAUAUGGGUUGGGGUGACCUUGGAAUCUUGGGUCAACCAGCUAAAGAGACUCCACAUCUUGAUCAGAUGGCAGCAGAGGGAACUUUGAUGACAGAUUUUUAUGCGGCUAACCCUCUUUGCUCACCAUCACGUGCUGCUCUUCUGAGUGGGAGGCUUCCAAUUCGAAAUGGUUUCUACACGACCAAUCAGCAUGCUCGUAAUGCGUAUGUGCCACAGUUUCUUGAUGGUGGGAUUCAAGAUGGUGAAGUUCUAUUGCCAGAACUUUUACGCACAGUUGGAUAUAAGAGCAAGAUUAUUGGCAAAUGGCAUUUGGGCCACCAGACACAGUAUUUACCGUUGAAACAUGGCUUUGAUGAGUUUUUUGGGUCACCUAAUUGCCACUUUGGACCAUACAACAACAUUGGUACACCCAAUAUUCCUGUGUACAAGAAUCAGGACAUGGCUGGCCGUUACUAUGAUGACUUCAUUAUAACAAAAGCAGGAGAGUCUAACCUAACACAGUUGUAUAUUAAGGAGGCAAUCAGCUUUAUUGAUGAACAACAUGCAAGCAGCAAUCCAUUUCUUUUGUACUGGGUCCCAGACUCCACGCAUACACCAUUGUAUGCUUCAGAGCCUUAUCACGGCACCAGCCAGAGAGGUCUUUACGGAGACGCAGUGAGAGAGCUAGAUGAUGGCGUGGGUCAGAUCCUAGCCAGGAUCAAGAAGCAUGGGAUUACUAAGAAUACCUUUGCAUUUUUCACAUCUGAUAAUGGUGGGGCGGCUUAUGCCAGAGAAAAGGGUGGCAGUAAUGGACCAUUCUUAUGUGGUAAAGAGACAACAUUCGAAGGUGGAAUGAGAGAGCCAGCCAUUGCAUGGUGGCCUGGAACAAUCAAAGCUGGACAGGUAUCCCAUCAGUUAGGAAGCAUCAUGGAUCUAUUUACUACGUCUCUGAGUAUUGCUGGAUUGAAGCCACCUUCUGAUCGGAUUAUUGAUGGUACUGAUCUCCUGCCUCAUCUUAUCAAUGGAACCGUUGAUCUAAACAAACCAAUUUACUAUUACCGUGGUAAUGAGAUGAUGGCUGUACGGAUUGGUUUAUACAAGGCACACUACUGGACAUGGACCAACUCAAUUUCAGAGUUUCUUGAACGGGGUGUGAAUUUUUGUCGAGGAGAAAAUGUGACAGGAGUGAUGACUCAUGAGCAGACCAAUCACAGCUCUUCUCCACUUCUCUUUCAUCUUGGUCGAGACCCUGGAGAGAAAUAUCCUAUCAGCAAUUCAACCCAGGAGUAUAAGGAUGUAAUUAUAGAAAUAAUGAACGUGGUCAAGGACCAUAAAGACAAGCUCAUACCCGGUGAACCACAGCUCAAUAUUUGUGAUGCUGCAGUACAGAAUUGGGCCCCACCAGGAUGUGAGAAAUUAGGGGAUUGUCUCCCAAUACCAAAGUCCAAUCCUUAUAAGUGUGGAUGGCCUCACUAAGCAUUGGAUACAUCUUGGUAAGCUAUCCCAUUAUAGUGAUGUAAUUUAAUGUCAAUUAGCAAAAAUAAUAUUAAAUCUCUCAAAGAGAAGGUUCAUGUUUUAUAACUGACAAUGUCGCUGUGCAAAAAAUGAAUCAUCCACAGAAUAUUUUAUGAGCCAAAUUCAAAAUUUAUUUUACCUCAAUUUCACAAGUUGGAUUUAGAAACAUAGGUCAAAUUAGAAAUUUGCAGGGAAAAUUAAAGACAACAAUAACUGUGUAAACUGGCUUCCCAUUAAGCAUCACUGCCAGUCAGGUUUAAUGUUCAUCAUAUACUCGGGCAAAAACUACACAUUAUGUACAGGCAUAGUGUAUUAAAGACACUGGACACUAUUGGUAAUUGUCAAAGACCAGUCUUCUCGUAUGGUGUAUGUCAACAUAUAC